GCUAGACAACCAUGCAAAACCUGGAAGCACUGGACGGGUGUUUUGUUCUGCUAUAGGACUCUUCAGUAGUGCGCAUCCACGAUCCCACCUAGUGAGAUUUGAACCCAGGACCUAUCAAUCUCGCGAAUACAGUCUCUACUUAUACAAGAUCAAGCCAAAAGAAAGUUGCAAAUGAACGUUGGAGACUAUGAUCAAUGUACUAAGUAUGAUCCAAGAAUGAUAUCCGUAAUUUAAUCUCCACUUGGAUACAACAAUAUAAACACUUAGAAACUAUUUAUUACAUAAAAAAAACACAUCCCCAAUAUAUAAAUAUUUAUAUUUAAAUUAUCAACUUCCGGUAUAAUUAUUAUUCAAACAAAUUUGGAUAUACAUUCAUUCAAAUAUUGUCACUAUGGUUAAUUAGAUCAACUUAUUUGAUGCCAAGAAAACAAACAAACAAACAAGCAAACAACAGUUACAUUCACUUUAUGUAUAUAAACAAUAGUUAACAUCAACACUGUUGAAUGGUUCUUGAUUUGGAAUAAUUAAUUUAUAAAGUGUUGUUAGCUUUCGAACCUGAGUCAUUCGACAAUAAACUGUAGUUGCUGCUAUCCUUUGUCUUCUGAUUUUACGCACCGUUAAGUUUAGAAUUAUAACGGUUAUCGAAGUAAACGGUUAACGAAUCGCGGCACUACAGAAUUGGAGGCCUCGCCGAACAAGCACGACGCAAUAGAAUUGGAUACCUCGCCGAACAAGCACGACGCAAUAGAAUUGGAUAUCUCGCUGAACGAGCACGACGCAAUAUAAUUGGUUGCCUCGCCAUACGAACACGACACUACAGAAUUGGAUGCCUCGACGAGCGAACACAAAACAAUUUUCGACGAGAUAAUUUCAUUUCGAAAAUUCAACGUACUCUGUUUCUAUUCGAAUUAUUAUCUGGAUUAUAAUCAUAAUUGUGGAUUUAUUAUAUCACAAUUUUAAUCGUACGUACAUUAUCCCAUUAUUGAACUUAACGAUAAUAUUCAUAAUAAAUAACGAUUAUUCACGAACAAUUGAUAUAUUGGUGCAAUUUAGUAAGUCUGUUCCAUUUUAUAAAUUGUACCUUUUGUUAUUAUCAUUUUUUUCAUCGAUUCAUUUCUCUCAGUGACAAUUACGUUAUAUUCGCAUACUAUUUAAUUUAUUAUUAUUAUUAGUAGUAAUGUCUUUAAAUAACGAAACAAUCGAUCUUUCACAGUCACCAUCCGUGGGAGUUAUUAAUGUUACUAUUCCCUCUUUUAAUGUUAAUGAUCCUCAACUCUGGUUUAUUAGACUUGAAAAUUACUUCGUAGCCAAUCGUAUUCUUUUACAGCGACAUAAGUUCGGCUAUGCAAGCUCACUACUUCCAGAUGAAGUAGCAGUCAAGGUACGAGAGGUCCUAACUAAGCCGGAUGCGGUAAAUCCGUACGACGUAUUGAAACAGGCCGUAAUAAAAGCUCUCUCGUUAAACGACCGGCAGGCUGUCGAGCAGUUGCUCAGUGAAGUUCAAAUCGGAGAUAGAACGCCUUCGCAGUUAAAAACGUAUAUGAGCAACGUAAUUGGAGACAGAAAUGUGGAUAAAAAUAUAUUUUACCACUUAUGGUUGCGACGACUCCCACCGAACGUACAGCAGAUCCUCGCUGUUGGAGAUAGCGAUGUAGACAUAGACAACAUCGCUAAAAUAGCCGAUAAGAUUUACGAGAGAAUGAGAAAUGCGACUUCACAAACACUCAACUUCACAGUUGACGAAAGAAUCGAGGCCUUGCAAAAGGAAAUUAAUGCGCUAUGCCAUAAACUAACGAGUCUAAAUCACAACGACAGGAAAAGAAGUUGGUCGCGCAGCAGAUCAAGAGAUAGAAACCGAUCAUUUUCUAAGGGACUACCAGAUCCUGCUAUAUGCUGGUACCAUCAAACAUUUGGGUACAGAGCUCGAAAAUGCAGGUCUCCAUGCAAAUUUAAACGAUCCCAACGAUUCUCAGUAACGACUACGAAAAUCAACGCAGCUCCCACGAGCAAUCGUUUAUUCUAUGUUCAGGACAGAGUAACGGGCGCGCAGUUUUUAGUAGACACGGGAGCAGAGAUAAGCGUCGUCCCUCCAUUGAGCAACGAAAAACAAAAUAUCGAUACUGCGCUAACUCUUAAAGCAGCGAAUAGAUCCGAUAUAAAGACAUAUGGCAAGCGAAAACUAACCUUGAAUUUCGGCCGUAAUAUUUCACUUCGCUGGGAAUUUGUAAUCGCUGAUGUUUCCGUACCCAUAAUUGGUAUCGAUUUCUUAAAGAAUUUUGACCUAAUAGUGGAUUCUCGACGAAACCAACUAGUGAAUGGGGAACGCUCAGUAGUCAUAAGAGGAGUGACCACUGAUCAUGUAUCUAUGAAUUUAGUAGUGUCGAAAGAUAAGAACGAGCAAUAUAAGUCACUUCUAAAUAAGUUCGCCGACUUAACGAGGUCAUCAUACGACAAUAAAGAUCUUAAACAUACAGUACAGCACCAUAUCGUCACGAAAGGUCCACCGACUAGAGUAAGAGCGCGAAGGUUGGACCCAAAAAGGUUAAACAUUGCAAAACGAGAAUUCGAAAAACUAAUGAAACUUGGUAUCAUAAGGCCAUCUAAUAGUCCCUGGGCAUCUCCGUUACAUAUGGUUCCCAAAAAGAAUGGAGAAAUUAGACCAUGUGGAGAUUAUAGAGCCCUUAACAAGCAAACGAUAGCAGAUAGAUACCCAGUGCCACAUAUUCACGAUAUCACUACCGAAAUAGAAGGUGCUACGAUUUUUUCGAAAAUUGAUCUUGUUCGGGCGUACUACCACAUUCCAGUGGCCCCAGAAGACAUACCGAAAACGGCCGUAAUCACUCCAUUUGGUUUAUUUGAGUUUUUACGAAUGCCAUUUGGAUUAACUAAUGCAGCUCAAACCUUUCAGCGAUUUAUUAAUCAGGUUGUUAGAGGUUUGACAGGGGUAUACGCAUAUAUCGACGAUAUAUUAGUAGCUAGCGCUACCGUCGAAGAACAUCUACAACAUCUACGACAGUUAUUCACGAGACUUCAAGAAUAUGGUGUCACUAUUAACGUGGAGAAAUGUGAAUUUGGAAAGAAAUCAUUGCAAUUCCUAGGUCAUAUGAUAAAUUCUCGAGGUAUCAUGCCAGUUCCAGCGGAAGUUGCUGCUAUUCGCAAUUAUCCGUUGCCCGAGUCACAAAAAAAGUUACGACGAUUCCUGGGACUAAUAAACUACUAUAGGCGAUUUAUUCCAAACUGCGCAGCAAUACUACAGCCAUUAACGGACGCUUUGCGAGGAAAUACCCGAACAUUCCAUCUAUCGACAGAGGCUAUACAGGCUUUUGAGAACGCUAAGCGAGCACUUCAUGAGAAAAUGAUAUUAGUUCGACGAAAGAGCGAAGCGCCACUAGCCAUCAUGACGGACGCAUCGAACAUAGCAGUAGGAGCUGUACUGCAGCAGUUAGUAAACGGUACAUGGGAACCGAUUUCAUUUUUCUCGAAGAGAUUAAACCCUACACAAACGAGGUACAGUACGUUCGGAAGAGAACUAUUAGCGAUUUACUUGGCAAUCAAACAUUUCCGACACAUGAUAGAGGGUACCAUUUUUACAGUGUAUACAGACCAUAAACCCCUCACGAAAGCAUUAAACGCCAAGCAGGAUAACUAUUCGCCGAGGGAAAUUCGACAAUUAGAAUUUAUUUCCCAAUUUACUUCUAGCAUACAGUAUAUUGAAGGUAAUAAUAACGAAGUGGCAGAUGCGUUGUCCAGAACAACGAUAAACGCGAUUAUUACAAAUGGAAUUGAUUAUCACGGUCUCGCGAAGUUACAAGAGAUAGACAUCGAACUAAACAAGCUAAGAUUCGAUGACACGACGUCAUUAUUAUUCGAAGAUAUUCAGUUCGGCAACGCGAAAGUAAUAUGUGACAUGUCAACUGGCCGACCUCGCCCAUUCAUUCCUAAACCAUUGCGACGGAAAGUAUUCGAAAGUAUCCAUAACCUAUCGCACCCGGGAAUAAAAGCCACGAUGAAAUUAAUCAGUGAGCGUUUCGUAUGGACGAAAAUGAAUCGCGAUAUACGAAAUUGGACGCAAGCAUGCAUGAAAUGUCAAAAAGCCAAAGUACAUCGUCAUACUAGUUCGCCAAUGGGUUCGUUUUCACAGCCAGACACUCGAUUCGAACAUAUACACAUCGAUAUCGUGGGACCACUGCCAGUUUCGAACGGGUACAACUAUAUUUUUACAUGCAUCGAUAGAUUUACCCGAUGGCCUGUAGCGGUGCCAAUCAAAGACACCUCAGCCGAAUCUGUAGCAAAAGCCCUAAUCGAGAAUUGGAUUUCUCACUAUGGUAUACCGGCAAUUAUCACGACCGAUAGAGGAGCUCAAUUCGAAAGUCGACUCUUCCAGCAGCUUACAGAACUCCUCGGAAUUAAACGUAUACGAACGACAUCCUACCAUCCAAUGGCAAACGGAAUGGUUGAACGCCUACAUAGGCAGUUGAAAGCAUCCCUUACAUCUGUCAUUGUCAAUAACGAUUGGGCUAAUAAGCUUCCUUUAGUCAUGUUAGGUUUAAGAACAAUAAUUAAACAGGAUAUGGGAUGUUGUCCAGCCGAGUUGGUAUAUGGAACUACUUUACGUUUACCCGGAGAAUUUUUCGCUUCAGGUAAAAGUGUUCCGACUGAUGUAGCCAACUACGUCCAACGCCUGAAGAAACACAUGAGCGAUUUAAAAAUAGCACUUCCCAGACUACAACAACGUCGAGUAUUCGUACCUCAGCAACUACAUAAUAGCACGCACGUAUUUAUCAGAAGAGACAACGUACAACCACCUCUGCAGCCGAACUAUGAAGGUCCAUUUAAAGUGAUUACGAAGACAGAUAAGACAGUCACGGUAGAAAAAGCUGGGAAGACAGACGUAAUCAGUAUCGAUCGUGUGAAGCCAGCUUUCAUCGAUAGCGAUUUUCAAUCGACAAGCACAAGCCUCUCGAAGACGAUCACACCUACGAAACACGAAUCUCAGGAGUCAACGACGCUAACGCACCAAAACGAAGAGACUCCGAUAACGACAAAAUCUGGUCGCAGAGUAAGAUGGCCGCAACGUUAUGUCGCUACAAUCUUUUACUGAUAAUUUUCUGCUACUUUGAUUAUUAAUUAUAAUUCUUCCUCUUCAUUGUAUACAUAUGGAUUAUUAAAUUCAUGCUAUACGCUAUUAAACUUGGCACAGCUUAUGUACACCCUUAUGCUCAU